AUGAAAGUCUCCGCUGAUAUUUCUGCACUAUUGACUACUGACAAUGAUCCGGUUCAACAUGCUGAGUUCAAGCGACAACGAGAAAUUUGCGGCUGGGAUUACUUGGACGAAGAUCUGCAAGCAUUCAAAGAGAAGCAGAAAAAGAAGCUCAAAUCUUUGUUCUGGAUAAUGAUACAGCUUAAAGCGCAAGCUAUUGGAAAAAAAGAAAACAGUGAUAGCCUUCCUGAGAGCAACACUCUUAUACAAGAUGCGACACGCGGUGACACUGCUGGAUCAUCACCAUCGGCUGGGUUGUUCACCGUUCGAGCGGGCCACAUCUCUCUUGACUCUUAUGCCGAUCCCCCCGAUCCCGAACUCGCCCUCGAGGAUAGGUCAAUCUUGACUGUUCAGACUUUUUUUAUUUUGCCUGAAUAUCGGACGGGGGGAGUGGGACGGGCGGCAAUGGAUCUCGUCGAGGUCCUAGCCACAAAGGAACCGUAUGGAGGCCCUCGGUGCCAUACGCUCACUUUGACUACGGCUAGUAAGAAGUAUCUUGAAAUCGACGAGCCGGAAUGGAAGGGUAUUUGGAAGAAGUUCGGAAUGGAUAUUCCCAAAUUCAGCGCCCAAAUCUGGUACGAAAAACUGGGCUAUGUAUAUUGGAAGGAGGAGCCACGAUAUAGAUCUCCAACUCUUGAUGGCUCAACCUUAGUCGUGAUUGCUUCUUUUAUGCGGAAGAAACUGCAGUGAUGGCAGUGAAUAUGAUCAUCCAUGCACUGAUGAUCCUCAGGAAGUUAUUCCAGGUUGGCAUGAGCGUAUAUAGAGCAAUAUAGACGACCACCUGAG